GGUCCUGCUUAUGUAUUCUAAUGAUUUUUUGUUUUUAUUGGAGGGAGUGUUUUGUAUGUGUGAGAUACUUCUAGAUUUAUUUAUUUAUUUAUUUAUUUAUUUAGCAGAUGCCGUUAAUCCAAGGCGAUUUACAGAGACUAGGGUGUUUGAACUAUGCAUCAGCUGCAGAUUCACUUACAACAACGUCUCACCCAAAAGACGGAGCAGAAUGAGGUUAAGUGAGUGACCUCCUGGUUGCUUUAACCACCGGACCACACAGCCUCCUAUAAGCGUCACCACAUGUGGUGAUUUUGACCUUCAGCGGGGAUUGCUGGAAAAUGUUAAAAUGCGGUCAUAUGAACCAUUUACAGAAAAAAAACUAUGACCAGGGCAGACCACAAAUAGAAUUCCAAUAGAAAUAACAUAACCGAAUUUGACUGUAGAACAAAAGGCUUACUAUAAACAGUGACUUUUCUGGGAAGUCAUUCUUAGAAGUGAAACAUCAUAUACAGCGUGCACCUUUAACUUCCUCUUUAAAUUCAAAAGAAGUAUAAAAGGGCCUCACUUAUUCAGUGACCAGCAGACAUUUGCUGUGCCCACAUCAAGGAGCAGUAUGCACUCUGGAAAAAUCAGUGCCUCCCGAUCAGGAGCCUGUCGAUGGGUCGCCAUGGCAACGCUCUGCAGUUUACUUUGUGUCCAGGUUGUGAAAGCAGGCUCCCCCAGGAUCAGCAACCCAAUUAAACAAAGACAGGCAACACUGGGACAAAGGCUGGUUAUCCCUUGCCAGGCAUUUCCAGGUUUCCCAGACGACUUCACCAUCAUCUACUGGCUGGUGAACAGCACCUUCAUUGAGACAACCUACCCAUCAAAAAGGAUCCAGGAAAAACAAGAGAAGAUAUACACAGUGGGAGGACAAACUGUCAUUCAAAGAGAUCUGACAUUUAACUGGACAAAAAAGAAAGAUUUCAAAUCCAACUUCACCUGUGUGGUAAUGAACCCGGCUGGUAUGGAUAAGAUGCAGGUUACUUUAGUCCCUUCUCGAUCACAGAGAAGACACAAAAGCAGUUAAGAAUCUGUACUCCCCACGUUCCCUUUCCCCAAGCCAGACAAGAGAGGAAUUACUUCUUGCACAGCAUCUGCCUUGAAGUUCAAACACGGAGACCCAACUUGUGCAGUGGACCCUUGUGUAAACAAUUGAAAAAACCACAUGUUUCAAAGAAUUACAUUUAUUUUAUGCUGUUACUGUACAAUAAGUGUUAAUGCUAUAACCAUGUUUAAAUAAAUGUGCUCAUUAUUUUCAAAUAGUUUGGGGAUACAAGCUCAAAUCAACCAGCCUGUAAUCCCAAUUGGUUCUUGAAAUUUCUUCCCCAUCUUUUAGUGAGCCCAGACACAAUAGUUGAAGGUACUAAAAUCUAUUUUAUGAUUAAACAUGACCAAACAUACUGAAGCCAUCUUGUGCAGUUUAUUUAUUAAAUGUCUUUGCUUCUAUUUAGACAGCUAUUUGGUUUUAGUAAACUAAACUUGUUAGUCUCUUUUCUCGCGUAAGUAAUAUCUAUCUGUCAGUAUUUAUAAGAACACCUUAUUGUUACAGCUUUAUCAAUCCAAAAGUUGGACAGCAAUAGCUCCCUCUACAGGAAAGUUCAGUACACUACAAUUCCAAAUAAAUGUCUUCACACAAUCAGUUUGCCAUAUUUAAUGAACUUACUUGGAGUAUAUCUAAUUCUGUUCAAUAUCAGCAGUUUUCAUGGAUCCCAAAUUAGCACUAAUCUUGGACCACCUUACCCAAGGUAACAUUAAGUAGUCCAGCAAUAGUGUAAAAUCAGUAAGUUAAACCAACCAUUAAAUACAACAACAAAAAUACUGUU